AUUUGGAGGCGGCGAAAGAUGCCGAGAGCUUUACUUUUCAAGCGGUCGCAUUUUCGAUCUUGGAGAAAGAGCGAAACUUCUGAAGAAGAUAGUCAACUGCAGUUGCAACUUUUACAAUGUUCAUCUCCAGAUUCCGGCUACGGAAAAAGUCCUUGUUCCGAUGAUAUUUCACCUUUAUCACCGGUACACACUACACCGUCUGUCAGAACUGCUGCAACAACCCCUCCUCAAAGUUCUUUGGCGAAGAAAAAGGGUAAGUCAAAAGUUUGCCGGAAGCUGCAAUUCGAGACAUCCUCUCCAGUGUCUGGAACUAUAAUCAGAUCGAUAGACGAUCCUUCGAUCGGACAAAUCGUUAGUGGCGAUAUCGAUACCAAUUUGAAUUGGGUUUCGGUUACUGCUGAAGCAAGAGCGGAAUUGGCGAGAAUCGAAAACAAGUUGGGCGAUUAUACGUGUCAAUUGUGCAGGGAAAAGUAUACUGACGCAUUCGAUUUAGCGCAACACCGUUGUUCUUGUAUAGUUCACGUUGAGUACAAGUGCCCAGAAUGCGACAAAGUGUUCAACUGCCCGGCAAAUUUGGCGUCUCAUCGGCGCUGGCAUCGUCCCAAACAGCAGCAAACAACUACACCGUCAAAUCAGGAUGAUCAGGAGGCGCAAUUCGAAUGUUCUGAAUGUGGAAAAAAAUUCAGAAGAGCAGCCUAUUUACGUAAGCAUUCUUUUACCCACUCGACAGAGCCAUCAUCUGGUUCAUCGUACGCCUGUCCAACAUGCGGUAGACUAUUUAAGACUACUGCAUUACGGGAUAAGCACGCAGUAUCGGCUCACUCUACCCAACCUCCUUGGAUUCGUUCUACGUCACCUGGCUCUCUUAUUCAACAAGUGUGCGAUGCUACGUUCAAUCAAUCAAAUCUGUUUCACUGCUGCUAAAUUAAAAAAAAGACAUAUAUAUGAAGAGAAAAUGAAAUGAAGACCGAGACUAGUCAUAUAUACUGUACAUGUAUGUAAAUUUGUGUAUGUAUAAAUGUAUAUAUA